UGGGAUUUGGGAGCGUGUUUGCGAUUCCUUUGAUGAAACGCUAAGAAGAUCUGGAUUCUGCAAUUUUGAGUCUGCUGAAGGUUUUUUUCACACCUUAUUCCUGCUGAGUGAAUCCAAUCUUGAUGGCGAAUGAUUGAUGAUUUCAAAACUAGAACAAGAGAAACACAAAAACCCAACAAAAAUGGAAGGUAAUGAAGAAGAAACAGUCACAAUCUCUCUUCUCCAAAACUCCACUAAUCCAACAAUCAAGAACAACAUCCCAAGAGACUCCUAUAACUUAGCAUACAUAAUCUACUUCAUUCUAGGAUCAGGUUAUCUUCUUCCAUGGAACGCUUUCAUCACAGCGGUUGAUUACUUUCAAUACCUAUAUCCUGAUUGUAGUGUUGACCGAAUUUUCUCUGUAGUUUCCCAGUUGAUUAUGCUCACCACUGUCCUCUUUCUCGUCUUUUGCUUCAGCAAGUCCCAUGCUUAUGUGCGCAUCAACUUGGGCUUAGGCCUUUUCUUGCUGUCUUUGUUGGUUGUUCCUUUUAUGGAUGUGGUUUACAUUAAGGGCCAAAGUGGUCUUUAUCUUGGGUUCUAUAUCACUGUUGGGGCUGUAGCUGUUUCCGCCAUGGCUAAUGGGCUUGUUCAAGCUAGUCUCAUUGGGUCAGCCGGAGAGUUGCCUGAUCGGUAUAUUCAGGCUCUUUUUUGUGGCACUGCCGGCUCAGGUGUACUUGUUUCCUUACUAAGAAUCUUUACCAAAGCAUUAUAUCCACAAGGUACCCGCAGCUUACGGAAUAGUGCCUUCCUCUAUUUUAUCGUCACGAAUAUUUUCAUGAUCAUCUGUAUCAUCUUAUACAACACGGUUCAUAAACUUCCUGUUAUAAAGCACUACACCGAACUCAAAACACAGGCGGCUGCAGCAAACAUCGAUAAACAAGAGCAACUUUCUCUGCCUGGCCGCAUUUUGGAGAUCAUAGGGAAAGUCAAAUGGUAUGGAAUCGGAGUGAUGCUCAUAUACAUUGUCACAUUAUCUAUAUUUCCAGGAUUUAUUACCGAAGAUGUACAUUCAGAGUUCCUAGGAAACUGGUACGGAAUUCUCCUGAUCACGUGCUACAACGUGUUCGAUUUAAUUGGUAAGUCUUUGACAGCUGUUUAUCUCUUAGAUGACGCGAAUGCUGCUAUUGCUGCGUGUUUUAUGAGAUUUCUGUUCUAUCCUUUGUAUUUGGGAUGCUUGCACGGUCCUCGGGUGUUCCAAACUGAGAUCCCUGUGAUGGUUCUGACUUGUCUGUUAGGCCUUACUAAUGGGUAUUUUACCAGUGUUCUAAUGAUUUUGGUGCAGAAACCAGUACGACUUCAAUAUGCAGAAACUGCUGGAAUUUUAACUGCGUUGUUUCUGAUUGUUGGGUUGGCUAUUGGCUCAAUUGUCUCUUGGUUUUGGGUUAUUUGAUGUUGAAUGCAAGAUCCCUUGUAUUUAUAUCAUGCAUACCUUCUCUAUGAUUCUCAAAAUGUAGUGGUUUUUUAUGGAGGGUGUUUGGUUUGCAGAUGAUAUAUGAAAUUAAGAGUCAAUUGAAACAAUGUGUUUGUAAUUAUAAGAAUAAUGUUGCAUAUAUCUGAUCUCUUAAACUUAUUGGUUA